GCUGUCUCGUCUAGCCUGUCAACAACACUACUGCAACCUGAGACGGGAUAGCUAGCGAAGUAAACCUGCUAAGUUAGCCACUCCGCUAGCCCUUGUAUUAACGAACUGUCACGACUCGGAGUUAUACUUUCACAUUGGUUUAAAUUAUUGUUUUUAAGUUGUUUCGCCCAGGAAAAAGGAGCAGAACUGACUUUCCCGUGCGGCUCCUUCAACUCCCUCCUCCUGUGUGAUAUGACAUCGCUGCUUGGUUACAACAAAAGCCAGAGCUCUACAGCAGACGGUUGACAUCUGGUCAGGUGCUGUUGAAGAGGAUGGCUGCUCAGGUGGAGGUUCAGGCUGGGGAAGUAGGGAGGACAGGGGUAGGAGGCCGACUUCACCUGAGUCCCCUUACUGACUCCAGCAACAAGAGCCUCAUUGAGAUCCCCUCCAUCAACCAGUCCCAUAUCAUCACUCCUGAGCCUAACAAACCUGCACCAGGCCCCAAGCCAAGGCUUAGUCCCAAACCUUUUUCUGUGGAGAGAAACCCCACCAUUAAACCCAUUCUUGCCCCUAAGCCACACCCCAAACCCCGGUCAGAGUCCACUCUUCUUCCCGGACAGAAACCAGAGCUUCCAUUCAUGGCAAAACAACAACAACAACCAGCUGCCACUGGCAAACCAAGACUAGUAUCAACCUACCCUAACCUACCUACUAAUACUACCUUAAAAACAUCUAAUAAAUUGAGCUCCGGGCAAACAAGCAAGCCGGUAGUCCAUCCAUUUAAACCAGCCCCUCUUCUUAUCCCCGGAGACCCCAGCAAACCCAGUCCACCUGUUCCAGCUUUGAGACAGAGACCUUCUGCAUCAAGCUUAGCCUAUGCCAAGAGCUUUAAACAACUUCCAGCAGCAGAGUGGUCUGGAUCCACAAAAAAUGAAGAUGAGAAGGACCAGAUGACAUCUAGCAAAGGAGGUUCCUCCAUCGCAAGAGCCAAGUCUAUGGGUUCUCUCGAUCUGGUGGGGCAAGAGGCAGAAGAAAAUGAAAAAACUAAACCUGAAGCAGCAGUGCCUAUCCGACACCAGAACAGAGGCUCGAGGCCCAGACCUGUAUCAGCCAUUUUUCUUGACAGUCCAACCAAGACAGAGGCCUCACCUCCUGGCCCUCGCUGGGUCGGAAGGCGACCACUAUCAGCUGAUCUCACGUCCAAAUUUGAGUCUAUUGGUCUUUCACUACAUCGUAAAUCUCCCAAAGAAAACACUAAGGAAAACACUCCAGAAGAGAUGACACUGCCACAAAAGAAAGAGCAAGACAAAACUCCUAAGAGUGCCACACCACAAAUUACUGAUGUUGAACCUAAGCAAACUGUCUCAGACCAAAGUAACAAAAAGACAGAAGAACCAACAGUGAAGAAUCCUGAUGAUGAUAAACGUGCAGUCAGCAUCAAGAAGCGAAUCAGUCUCCUCCUUGAUUCAUCCUCCUCUCCCGGUGUGGGUGCCACAGGCCAAUUGUCAGAUGUCCACACUGCAGGGCAGCCAGUCCCUGAAACUGAACCAGCAGUGGGUGUUAAACAGUUGAUCAAGCAGCUGACAGUGGACACAACACCAACACAGAGCCCUGUCCUGAAACCCCCACUGAAGCCCCGCCCCUUGCCCCUUGACCUGACUAAAAGGUUUACAUCCGAGAGGUCAUCAGACCCCGGCAGCCUCAGUGAGGCUACAGACCGUAAUGACAUCAGCAGAGAUCCUCAGGCAUGGAAUGAAGAAUCCACAGUCACCCCCAGUGAUCAGAUGACGUUUGUGGAUGUAAAAGGUUCCCAAGAGCUAUUCAAUCAAGCCUCUCCAGAUGAAGGGGUGGAUGACGGGCAGGUGUUUGGCUCAACUCCCAAGGAUUGUGGUCCCAGCAGUGACAUACAGAAAGUGAGAGCGUCCCUGUUUGAAAAUGUUGUGGAGAGGCACAGUGUGAUGAUGAUGGAUGACGGCAAACCUGUGAACAAGGAAAAGGAUUUACCCAGAAGUCCAUUACUAAAGAGAGAAAGUAGUAAUGAGGGAACUCUGGUCACCGCCACCUACAAAGAGCCUGUGUCUCCAUCAAGUCCCCUGCGGGUGUUGCAUGCCUUUGACACUGUGCAGGCAGUGGAUGAAAGCAGGGCAGUGAGUGAGGUCGUCCCCUCAGCUCAGAGGGAGGAUAAGGCUAUGACACUACGCUCAAGACGCUCAGAAGGAAACAGGCCAAUAGAAGAGAAAAAAACUGAAUCAGGUUCGGCUGUGAUGCCAGAACAACAGCCACGAUAUCUAAGAGUUGGAGCUUUGCCUAAGUGGACCACCACAAGUCUCGAACAAGAUGCAAGUAACGAACCACAACCGGAAGGACAAGGUGCUUUGGAUACAGACAGAGACAGGAAGAUAGAUGCAGAACAGGAGGAAGUGGCUGCUGCCCCUAAACGUUUGAAAAUGCUGCUGGCAGACGAACAGCCCAAACCCAGGGCAACCUACUUUGCUUUGACAGGACAAAUACAGGAGCCUGUUUCUCCAAGCAUAGAGGCGAAUAUGCCCUUUGAUGAUUUAUCUCUGAGAUCUGUUUUGGGCAGUUCUCAAGGAAAGAUUCUUCCAGUCAGGAGAAAUCCAUCAUUAGAUGAAGCUUAUGGGAAAAGCUCUCAUGAUCAAGUUCAGGAAUCGAUAAUGAAGAGUCACGUGCCUCAUGAAGAGAUUAGAUCUGCCUUAGACAGGCAAAUGAUAGAGGAUGAUGGAAUGAUGGAAAUUGAAAAGAAAAGAGAACUUAAAAAGGAGGCAGAAAGACACAAGGCAAACAUGAAAGAGCUUGAGAGGGAAAAGCAAAGACAGCUGGAAAUAGAGAAAGACGCACACUUAGAGUUUGAACGAAUGAAGGAGAUGGAGAGGCAAAGAGAAUUUGAAAGACAAAGACAGAAAGCCUUUGAGAGGGAGAAACAAGAGUUCGAGGAGAAACAGCGUGCCCUGGAAAGGCAGAAGCAGACCGAGCUUGAAAACCAGAAACUGCAAGAGUUGGAGAGAGAGAGGCAGGAAAGAGAACGGCAGGAAAGAGAACGGCAACGUCAACUUGAGAAAGAGAAACGUAGAGAAUUGGAGAGGCAGAGAGAGUUGGAGAAACUGAGGGAGCAGGAAAAGGAGAGGCAGCGGGAGAUGGAGCGCCUAAGACAAAGGGAGGAAGAGAGGCAGAGAGAGCUGGACAGGGAAAGACAGCUACUGGAAAUCCAAAAGGAAAAACAGAACAUGGAGGAGCUGGAGAGGAUACGAGAAAUGGAGAGACAACAGCUUCUACAGUUUCAAAAUCAGAAACAGAAAGAAAGGGAGAUGAUGCAGAUCAGAGAGCUGGAGCGGCACAGACUAAGAGAGAAGAUGGAGCAAGAAGAGGCCGAGAAAUUAAAGCAGAUGGCAAUAGAACAUGAAAUGUUGAGACUGAGGGAGCUAGAUAAAGAAAGGGAAAGACAACGGGAGAUGGAGAGGGAGAUUGAGAGGGAAAGGCAAAGAGAGCUGGAGAGAAAGAGACAAAGAGAGUUGGAUAGAGAGAGACAGAGACAGUUAGAUAUUGAGAGACAAGAAUUAGAAAACCAGAGGCGGCGACAAAGAGAGCAGGAGAAGGAAAGGCAGAGGAAGGAAGAGAUGGAGAGAGUUAAAGAGAUGGAAAGGAGGCAGCUCCUCGAGUUUGAGAAGCAGAAGCAAGCAGAGAGGGAUAGACAGCAGAUUUUGGAGCUGGAGAAACAAAGACUGAGGGAGAAGAUGGAAAGGGAGGAGGCAGAGAAAAUGAGACUGAUUGCCAAACAGCAAGAAGCAGAGAGGCAGAGACUUAAGGAGAAGCAGAAGAAGGAGGAACAGGAGAGGGCGAGGUUUGAGGCAUCAGCUCUCAGGCCUAGAGUGGUGGAUCUGGACUCUGUGCUCCGAAAUGAGUCUUUUAAAAAGAAUUCCUCUCAGCGCAGCAAUCCUUCUACACGAUGGAAAGAGCCAUCUCCAAGAAUAGAAGAGUCAUACAGGCCUGCCAUCCUUGACAUAGACUCCUUCACGUCUCACGCUCAGCUGUCUCCCAGUAAAGACUUGUUUCCUGUAUCUGGUAUCCAGAGCGUAGACGCUGGGUUUGGAGGUAGAUUGCAGCCUUCUCCUGAGAGAGAUGUUAGUUGGAAGGUACCAGCACAGACUUCAGUUGGUUUCACAAGCCCAGUAUGGACGACAGGCCCACAGGACCCAUGGGAGCUGCGGCCUGUUGACAUGUAUGUGGACAAAUCCAUGGCUGAACCAAGAAAAUCUGCCAGCAAAUUGAGCCCAGAACAGCUCCUCCUCCGGCUCCAGGAAGAACGGGUCCAGGCUCCACAGAGGAACUGGUCUGCUGCACAGGAUGAGCCAGUUCACUUGGGCCCUUUUGCAGGAACAGUGGCUGAGACCGGAGGAUCUACAGGUGGAAUCUCCAGCAGCACUUCUGUCGAGCAGUUAUGGCUACCGAGAGAGCCACAACCACCUGACAGCAGGGCAGCGGUCCACAGCCACAGGAGAUCACUGGGAGCUCAGGAGCUGAACAGGAUGAGGUCUCGCAGCGUGUCCCGGCGAUCAGCCCCCUCCAGCAGUGCUCUGGAGGGAAGCCUGUCUAGGAUGAGGAGUCGCAGCGCCCACAGGGAGCAGGACCGCCACAGCCUGGAGCAGCAGAAGCAAAGCGUUGAUGGUGAGGAGGAGGAGAUUGACUCAGAAACACCAGUCCGUGAGACUGACAGUCAGUAUGGGACCUGGGAGACGGGACUGCGCACUGACGACAGUCUCACUCCAGCCACGCCCAGUUCAGAGAGCACUCUAAGCCCUUCACCAAGGAAGCCCACGCCCCCCGACACACCAGGAGAUCCCUCCCCACUGUAUGAUACUGACGCUGUGGACAGCCUCCCUCCUUCGUCCUCUGCAGAGAGCCAGCCGUUUUCUUUUCCAGAUGCGCCAGUCGCUCUUCUGGACACCAGUGCUCUCCGCUCCAGAGCCCACCUGGGGAAGAAACGAGCCCCACGGUCACGUCCCACCAGAACGUCCCCUCAGAGUGCUGCACCGGCAGAGGACUGGCUUUACCGAGACUCCACAGAGCCAAAGGUGGAGGUGAAAGACGAGGAAUCAGACUCUGAGGAGCCGACCAGAAGAGCUGACGCCACCUCUGCCAUCGCCUCUCAGCCUCAGCGGAUCGCCAUGUUUCCUGGGAUGGACCCUUCAGUUUUAAAGGCCCAGCUGAGGAAAAGAGGCGACUCUGACAAUCAAACAGAUGGACCUGCUCCUUCUCCUCCCCAGGUUUCUCGCUCUCCGAAGUCCCCAUUCCUCCCCAGGGCGGCACGGGUACUGCCCCCACCUGGUGGAAAAGAAAAUGGUGAGGAGGAAUCACCCCAGUGGUUAAAAGAGCUGAAGUCCAAGAAGCGCUUGAGUCAGUAUGAAAAUGAGAGCUAAGUAAGUAAUGAGGUUGCCUUAACAGAUAAAUCUAUGAAACAGAAGCCUUAAUGUUCGACCCACAGAAGAGGAGAGGUGGAUCAACAGCUGCUGAUGUAUAUUUUUCUUUUUUUUGAUUUUUGUUCUCCUCCUGUCUGGGUGGAUAAAUGUGCAUGGUGCCUUUUUUUAUGGAGAGUCUUUAUCUUAUGGGAAAACAAACAAGCAAGGAGGCAGAAAAACAUCAAAGCUGCUGCGCUUUAUCCAUUUCAUGCUUGAAGCAGUGGACGCUCUCCUGCACCAGGAGGAAGUUCACACAAACACUUUAUUGGGACCAGGAGAAGUGUGAGACAGAGCAGUCACUUCCUGUCAGGACACAUUUCAGGAAAAGGUUUACUUGUGGGACCAUGAUGCCUCUUUAUCGUGGACGUGCUUCCUCACAUGCUGGAGUAAAAUCCAGCCCUUACAAUAUGUCUGUAUUUAGCGUCAUUACAAGUCGUUUGCGUGUUAGCAGACAGUGGGAGUUGUUGAUGGGAGUUACACAAGCAUUGCCAUAGGAUAACAUUUCAGACACUAACUAUUUUCCUUCUUGAACAUAGAGAACAAAUCACUGCUGGCUUGAUCGUCAGCAAAAGCGUACAUCAUGUUAUAUCUGUAAUCAGGAGAUGUUAUAUUUGUAUUAUCAUUGAUUUAAAUGAGACAGAGAGCUAGUUUUGAAAGGUUUACCUUCACACACUCCACUACUUUAGCGGUGUCACAGCAGCGUAUUCUAUAUCUUUUUGUUUGAAUAUCGUUUUGUUGUUCUGGACGAGGACCAGAGGACUUUUGGCCAAGCGACUUUGCAACUGUCAAUCAUGCACACUCCUUAUCAGCACAAAAAACUCUUUCAGAUCUUUUAUAAAAAAAAAACACUAAUCAGCCUGUCUCAAUGAAUGAUAGGUAGAAUUAUGUAGCUGGAAGUUUUCAUUAGAAGCCAUACUUUCACUUGGUAGGCCUCACACACUCCUCAAUCAUUAUGUUUUUUCAAACAAAUGUGCAAUCCCCCUCUUUUGUGUUCCCUUUAUGUGCAUGCACAAUCUUUGCUGUCAAACCGGGCACUGCUCCAACUGACCGGCUCAGAGUGUCAGGGCCUUGGCUCACACUUCCACUGUAUGGAUGGUUUGUUUGCUACAUUGUUAAUAUGACUCUAAUCUCUAAAAACACUCCAAAAACAUUGAAACAUUUGCACCAGCUUCUCUGUAAUCUUCCUGUUGGCCAUCCCCCUCUCACUCGGCUCUUCUCUAAAGCACUUUGUAACUUGAUGCACUUCAGUACUGACCUCUGCCCCAUCUUGUCGGCCGCGUCUCGUCUCCUGUAUAGAGGGAGUGCUCAUGCAAUGCAAGUGAAUGUGUUAAUGGAUUGAUUGUCCCCGGUUUAUAUGUACAUGAUGUUUUGCUUUUGUCAUUCAAGUUGAGGGUUUAUUUUUUAUGCCCUUGGUCUUUUUUUUUUUAUUUGAAAGUAAAGAUGUAUAUUGCACUGUGUUGUAUUGGCCAGUGUCCUAAAGCGAAAAAUAAAUUCUUAUUAAAAUGAA